GCGUUCGCUGCCCGAGCACGUGGCGUCCGCUGUCGAGUGAGUGCUCUGGUAUCCCCUGAUCCGACCUCGCCUCAUACAGCAGGAUGCUGCGACACGCUCUGCUCCUGGCUCUGCUGGCCGUCUGGGUGACCCACGGCGACCCGGAGCCGGCUCCGAAGGCCGAGGCUGAGGCCCGGCGAGGGCGCGGCCGGCGACAGCGCGCCGGAUACUCCCUGCGCCCUUCCUACGGGCCGCCGCCGCUGGCACCCAGCUAUGGAGCUCCAGCGCCGAGCUACGGAGCUCCAGCGCCGAGCUACGGAGCUCCGGCCCCCAGCUACGGAGCUCCAGCGCCCAGCUACGGAGCUCCGGCCCCCAGCUACGGACCGCCACCCGUGGAGAAGCCGUUGUGCUACCCCAAAACUCACUUCAAGACGACCUGGGGGAAGAUGACGCAAUACAAGACGCACUGGGCCACCAAGCACCAGGUGAUUCCGUACACGAUGUACAAGUACGUGACGGAUACGCUCUACUGGCCCACCACAGUCACCGAGUGGAAGGAGAUUAUCAAGACGCUGCCAUACAAGCUCAUCACCGAGACGCAAGUGGUGUACAAGACCAAGGCGCUGGUGGCCAAACACCCCGACUACACCAACACCGAGUAUGUGUGGCACACGCAUAACUACAUGGACCACCACACCGUCACCAAGCACAUCACCAAGUACGCCACCAAGACCAACUACUACACCGACAUUGUGACCCAGUAUGUCAAGAAGCCCGAGUACUACACAGAAACGGUGACAGAGUACGAGACCAAGUACCACACCAAGAAGGUGCAGGAGCCCUACUACGAAACCGUAUACAAAACGGUGAAGAAGCCGCAGCACAUGUACGUGACGGAGUACGCCACCAAGCACCAGUACCACACCGUGUACGCCACGCACACCCAGCCCGAGUACCACACGGUCACCAAGUGUCCAAGCACCAGCUACGGACCGCCGUCCUACCACUGAGCCCCGUCCGAGCCCGCCACGAGCUGCGGACGACAGCCAGCUGCCGGCACCGAAUGCGCGCUGGCUUCACCUGGCGGAACAGAGUCGAAACCGAGGUUGAAAGUGGGGACGCGAGAUGAAGCCGAGCACAUUCGCGACGCCGCCGAGUCGGACUGAACGCGAGAGGCUCUCGGACCGGCCGAGCGCGGGUUCCCGUUGUCUUGCCAGCCUGGCGGACGGCCGCGGCCUGAGGUACACACGGCGUGUGUCUGUCUCAGCAGAGGGCGGGUGUGACGGCGCCGACACGACCGCUGCCGGAGCCCGACCGCUGGGCCUAUGUGUGAUCAUAGUGACGGCGUGCGUACUUACAAAGCCGGCGGAGUGAUUGGGCGGUGACUGGCGGCGAGAGCACAGCAACGCCCGGCCCGAAUGUCAGAGGGUUCAAAUCAAACGGUGCCGGUGUGUGUGUUUGCCGGGCAGCUCAGUGCGCAUGCGCACCAAUGGCUCGCCAGGAGCGUGCGUGAUGUACAGAAGAUAGCACAUACAAAGGGACGUCGUCACCGAGAGAGCCACUACAUUAGUGUUCUCUGUACCUUGUUCAUGUCUCCACCCAAGGUGGAUGGCCGCUCAUCUCCCCGACCUCUACUCAGUCCGUUGUUACAACCGCUUCCGCGAAAUAGGUCGUGCUGCGCUGCUUGGAGUCGGCAGCAAUUGGACGUGCAUGUCUUCCUGUUAUGAAUAAAGAGAUAUUUUUAC